AUGUUUGAUAGUUUUAACAACAGCAGCAAAAGUAAACGAAGGUCUUUUUUUCGGUUUGGUUCUGAAAGUAAGAAUAAUGAUUCAGAAAAACCUGUUAGAAAACCAUCGGCACCUCCAAUAAUAAAGAAUUCAAUGGACGCUGUACCAACUCACAGAGCUAAGACUUCCCCCCCUGAGGUACCACCGCGAAGCCCAAACAGAGAUGCACACGUCAAAAGUCGUGUUAUUCAAGCACCAUUACAAAGGGGACCAUUAAAGAAUAUCAAUCCAUUUUUGAAUUCUGGUGAUACCUCAAAAGAUUCUCUCCAAUUGUCACAGUCGGAGGACGUUCCAAGAAAUGAUCAUAAAGGGAAUGAACAUUUAAAAAAAGAUGGCGUUACCGGAGAAAGCACGAAUCCUUUCACAACAGAUACGACUUCUAGGAUGAAUCACUCCAACAUAAUACGUUCUAGACCCCCACCACCACCCGUGGACAUGAAGUCAAUAAAGACAUCAAUGAGUAACAAUAUCAUCAAGGAAGACCUAGAGACGAAUAAAGAUUUGGAACUGGACAUCAUUACACGAUCAUCUACCCAUAAUCAACAUAGGCGACAGCGUUCAGAAGCAGAAAAAUUAGUAGAGGAUAUCGAAGUCUAUAUUAACGAACACAAGAGAAAUUCAUCUAGCUCAGUAUCUCUAAGCACAUUUGAAGAUUCGGAUGAUCGAAUAUCUCAGGAUGUGUCGCUAGUAGAUGCCAUAAAAGCUCCUGUUUUAAGAAACGUUAGUGUGGAGAGUUCGCUAAGUUAUGUGAAGCCACUUAUUGUUGAUAUUGAAAAUACCUCAAGUAACACAAACUUGGUACAAUUAAAUCAUCUGGAACAGUUGCCUUCCAAUAUAGAUGAUGGAAAUGAUAGAUUUUCCUUUACCACAUCGGCUAGCGGUAAGUCUACCAAAAGUCUUCAACAGGUUGCUAAAGACGAGUCUGGUGAUUUUAAACCUGCGCAUUUCGAUUUUGUAUAUAAAUCAAACGAGAACCUUGGAAGUGAUGAAAGUUUCGAAAACACCAGAAAACCACUGCGGAUAACUAAUGAAGUUAAUAAUGCUUCUUCGAACGAAGAAGAAGAUAGUCAUCAAGAAAGACAUUUUGGGGACAGAAAAAGUGUUGUUUCAGUGAACGAUGCAAAUGAUGAACAUCCAUUGAUCAAAAACGAUGUCCCAACCCAGGAACCUGAGUUAGCAAACCAUCCCAGGGUAUUUAGGGUGGUUAACGAAGAUCGUCCCAGUUUUUUCUUGAAUGGUGCUAACGAUACGGGCAGUUUAGUCGACCAACACUCUUUUAAUACCACAACAUCUUCUGGAGAGUAUGAUGUUCCAUUGAGCAUUUCUAACCAGUCUGAACUCCUCAUAUCAAAAAGUUCUAAAUCAAGCGUUUUAUCUGCUAUUAAUUCAAAUGAAAAUAUAAAAUCAGCGAAUAGAACCUCUGAGUUGAAUAGCUUAAAUUCCAUCUCAGAAAGUCUGGUCCCAGCAGUUUAUUCCUUUAGCGAACAAGCUGUCCCCACCCAGGUAGCGGUCGAUUUGCAAAAUUCCAUACCGACUGCUCCAAGCGAAAGAUCUGUGAAAGGUUCAACGCUAACUUCCGUCGCAUCGAAUAAAUCUGAAAAGUCUGUGCCUUUGGUUUCCAGUUAUGUGGAGGAAUUGAGACUGAAGUAUUACAAAACAUCUAACUUUUUGCAAGCUCCUCCCAACUUGCCAGUGGCGCUAAAACAAAAGAAUAAUUUGAUUCAACCUAAGAAUAUCAAAGUUAAACUGAGAACAAGUUCCAAACAGAUUGGUAUUAAGCAUGGAAAAGUUAAACAGAAAUUACUGGCGCUGGAAACAAGAAACGAGGACACAAAUGAGAUUGGUGCAGGCUUGAAGAACAACAUUAAUGUCGAUCAUACAAAAGAAUUUCAUAAAUUGUUGGGAAAGGAGAACGAAGCUGGUUCUAUAUUAAAGGAAGGAGAAGCCUAUCUGGGACAACCUGAAGACUAUCUGAAGGACAUACCUGGUGAUGAAGCGUACAACAGCGAUGACAUAAUGGCUCCUCUGAGAGAGAAAAAGGGGCAGAGUAGUUCUACCGAUUCGGUAUCGAGAUCUAACACGGUGGUCAGUUAUUACACAAGAUCUCAGAAUAGAAUGAGAAGUGGCACGCUGGAUAACGAUUACGUGAACAGGCAGAAACUCCCUACCCAUAUCUCUCUACAGGACUAUCGUGACUCUAAUACGAAAAGUGAUAUAACGCGUCAGAACUCCACUUCCACAACGGAAUCUGACGCAAUUGAUCUCAGCUAUUCUCUGGGCCGCGGCUUACGUGUGGCAAACCCAGAUUCUGACCCAGAGUGA